GCCACUUCCGGGUCCUGCGUCGUUCCGGCAACCUUCGAGUUCCGGAAGCCUGGGUGUCCCUGGUUCUGCUAGGAAAGCAAAGUUUUCCAGAGAAUGAUUCAGAAAAAAUUACGUGGACCGUGGGCGUUUCGCACACUCCUAAGAAACCUUCAAAGAAGAUAUGAUGGCUUCCAGAGAAGCGAGUACAGAAAAUACACACAGAGUGCUAAGAGUAAGUCAGCUGGAUGCGCUUGAACUGAAUAAGGCCCUGGAGCAACUAGUUUGGUCCCAGUUUACUCAGUGCUUUCAUGGAUUUAAGCCAGGGCUGUUAGCCCGCUUUGAACCAGAGGUAAAAGCAUUCUUGUGGGUUUUCUUGUGGAGAUUCACUGUCUACUCCAAAAAUGCCACUGUGGGGCAGUCAGUUUUGAAUAUUCAGUACAAAAAUGAUUUUUCCCCAAACCUGAGAUAUCAACCACCCAGUAAAAAUCAAAAGCUCUGGUAUGCUAUUUGUACAAUUGGUGGGAAGUGGUUAGAAGAACGAUGCUAUGAUUUGUUUCGAAACCAUCAUUUAACAUCAUUCUGGAAAGUCAAGCAGUGUGUGAAUAUUGUAGUUGGACUUUUGAAAUUGGGUGAGUUGAUUAAUUUCUUGAUUUUCCUUCAAAGAGGGAAGUUUGCAACUCUGACAGAACGUCUGCUAGGCAUUCAUUCAGUGUUUUGCAAACCCCAAAAUGUGCGUGAAGUUGGCUUUGAGUAUAUGAAUCGGGAACUUCUCUGGCAUGGUUUUGCUGAGUUUCUGAUUUUUCUCUUACCACUUAUUAAUAUCCAGAAAUUGAAAGCCAAGUUAUCUUCAUGGUGUAUCCCUCUUACUGGUCCUCCUACUAAUGAUAAUACCUUAGCCACCAGUGGAAAAGAAUGUUCUUUAUGUGGAGAGUGGCCUAUCAUGCCUCAUACCAUAGGGUGUGAGCAUACCUUCUGUUAUUACUGUAUUAAGAGUAGCUUCUUAUUUGACAUGUACUUUACUUGUCCUAAGUGUGGCACAGAGGUACAUAGUCUGCAGCCUCUGAAAUCAGGAAUUGAGAUGUCAGAAGUGAAUGCUCUUUAGAAACUAAAAUUGUUUACUCUGAGGAAAACUGUGCUAUGUUUAUCCUUCAUAUUAGUCAUCCUAAGUAUAUUAUUUAGAUGUCUUUUAUGAGGGUGUGUGCAUCUCAGCCAUUGUGUUCUGUUCCUUUCCAGGCAUGACUAAAUGCUAAUCCCUGGAAACCACAUGAUUCUAAAUAUAUUAUGUGAAUGUUAAUGUACUAUUUUUUUUAAAAAAAUGAUUGCAUUUGUAAUAUACAGUUUCAAGAAUAAUUGAUAGUUUUUGUCAGAUGACUACUAAGAAUGCUCCUUCAUUUUACUACUUCCUGGAAAAAGGUUGAACUCUAAAAAUAAAACAUUUUGAAGACUCUGGGAUGAAUGUGCAUUUGUUUUCAGAGAUGACAUUAUAAUAUCAUAAUCUGAAAAUGUUACAAUUCUGUUGCUUUAAAUCUUAAGAUCUGAUGCCCCAGUUGUAAAUUU